AUGCUUACUGUGGACCACACCACAGGAUUUGUAUAUCAGAGAACUGAUGAGGAGGCAGUGGUGGACCGUGGGGGCACCCGGUCCAUGCUCACCACUAACUUUGAAAAGGAAGAACUCGAAGGCCAUCGCACUCUGUACAUCGGGGUUCAUGUUCCGCUGGGGAGAAGGUCACACAGGCGUCACCGACAUCACGGCCACAGACACAGGAAGAGGUCCAAGGAAAGAGACUCUACAGCUGAGGACGGCCGAGAGUCUCCUUCACACACAGACACACCUGCUCAGAGGGUGCAGUUUUUGCUGGGGACCGAGGAUGGCGACGAAGAACACAUCCCUCAUGCUUUGUUCACAGAGUUGGAUGAAAUCUGCCUCAAAGAGGGUGAGGAUGCAGAGUGGAAAGAGACAGCCAGGUGGCUGAAGUUUGAGGAGGAUGUUGAAGAUGGAGGGGAAAGGUGGAGCAAGCCCUAUGUAGCCACGCUCUCACUACACAGCUUAUUCGAACUCCGAAGUUGCAUCAUGAAUGGAAUUGUGAUGCUAGACAUGAGAGCCAAUUCACUGGAGGAGAUUGCAGACAUGGUUCUAGAUCAACACGAAUCGUCAGGUACAGUCGGGGAAGAUGCCAGAAGAAGGAUUCGUGAUGCCCUUCUGAAACAGCACCACCACCAAAACCAUAAGAAACUGGCAAACCGUAUCCCUAUAGUUCGCUCUUUUGCAGAUAUUGGCAAAAAGCAGUCAGAACCGCACUCCAUGGACAAGAAUGGCCAGACCGUCUCUCCUCAAAGUCAGCCCGCCAGCACCGAGGGCAGGCAGGACGUGAGCAGAGAAAACAGCGCUGUUGACUUCAGCAAGAUUGACCUCCAUUUCAUGAAGAAAAUUCCUCCCGGAGCUGAAGCGUCCAACGUCCUGGUCGGAGAGCUGGAGUUCCUGGACCGUCCGGUGGUGGCCUUUGUGCGCCUGGCUCCUGCUGUUCUGCUCAAUGGUCUCGCUGAGGUUCCAAUCACCACCAGGUUUCUCUUCAUCCUGCUCGGCCCUCUCGGGAAAGGGCCCCAGUAUCAUGAAAUUGGCAGGUCGAUUGCCACUCUUAUGACUGACGAGAUUUUCCAUGACGUCGCGUACAAAGCCAAAGACAGAAGUGACUUGAUCGCCGGCAUUGAUGAAUUCCUCGACCAAGUCACAGUGUUACCUCCUGGAGAAUGGGACCCCUCUAUAAGAAUAGAGCCCCCCAAAAAUGUGCCCUCUCAGGAAAAGCGAAAGAUCCCGCCCGUGCCCAAUGGUGUCACUGACCUGGGGGAGUCAGAGGAGCAUGGAGGUCAUGGAGGGCCGGAGUUGCAGCGCACUGGAAAGUUUUUUGGUGGCCUCUUUAUGGACAUCAAGAGAAAAGCCCCCUUCUACAUCUCUGACUACACAGAUGCCAUCAACCUGCAGUGUCUGGCCUCCUUCCUCUUCCUGUACUGCGCCUGCAUGUCACCUGUCAUCACCUUCGGGGGUCUGCUGGGGGAGGCCACAGAGGGGCGAGUGAGUGCUAUAGAGUCCCUGUUUGGAGCUUCCAUGACCGGAAUCGCAUACUCUUUGUUUGCCGGGCAGCCCCUCACAAUUCUGGGCAGUACGGGACCAGUCCUCGUGUUUGAAAAGAUCCUCUUCCGUUUUUGCAAGGAUUAUGGCCUGUCCUACCUGUCCCUCCGGACCUGUAUCGGCUUGUGGACAGCGUUCUUCUGCUUGUUGUUAGUGGCGACCGAUGCCAGCUCUCUGGUCUGUUACAUCACUCGCUUCACUGAAGAAGCCUUCGCUGCUCUGAUCUGCAUCAUCUUCAUCUACGAGGCGCUGGAGAAGCUCAUGCACCUGGGAGUGCACUACCCCAUCAACAAGAACAACAACCUCCAGACACUCACCAUGUACUCGUGUGCGUGUGAGGAGCCCAGCCACCCGAGCAACGAGACUUUACAACUGUGGGAAGCAAAGAACAUCACCCCCUCUGCCGUCAAUUGGACAUAUUUGGAGGUUGCGGAGUGUGAGAAGUUACAUGGAGAGUUUGUGGGAGCUGCUUGUGGCGCACAUGGUCCAUAUAUCCCUGAUGUCCUCUUCUGGUGUGUCAUCCUCUUCUUUUCAACUGUCUCCAUGUCUGCCUUCCUCAAAGAGUUCAAAUUCAGCCGAUAUUUUCCCACCAAGGUGCGGUCUAUUAUCAGUGACUUCGCCGUCUUCAUUACGAUCCUCACCAUGGUUUUAGUCGAUUAUGGUUUGGGUAUUCCUUCACCAAAACUUCAAGUCCCCAGCAAAUUCAAACCGACUCGGGAUGACCGUGGCUGGCUGAUUAACCCAGUGGGCCCAAACCCCUGGUGGACCACCAUCAUCACCUUUAUCCCUGCUCUGCUCUGCACCAUCCUCAUCUUCAUGGACCAGCAGAUCACUGCGGUCAUUAUCAACAGGAAGGAGCACAAACUCAAGAAAGGCUGUGGCUACCACUUGGACCUGUUUGUGGUGGGGGUGAUGCUGGGGGUGUGCUCUGUGAUGGGGCUGCCCUGGUUCGUGGCUGCCACAGUGCUGUCCAUCUCCCACGUCAACAGUCUGAAGCUGGAGUCGGAGUGCUCUGCUCCGGGGGAACAGCCCAAGUUUCUGGGAAUCAGGGAGCAGCGAUUCACCGGACUCAUGAUCUUCACUCUGAUGGGCUGCUCCGUGUUCAUGACCUCUGUCCUCAAGUUCAUCCCUAUGCCUGUCCUGUACGGUGUGUUUCUGUACAUGGGAGCUUCUUCACUCAGAGGCAUCCAGUUCUUUGACCGGAUCAAGUUGUUCGCGAUGCCCACCAAGCACCAGCCAGACUUCAUCUACCUUCGCCACGUCCCGUUACGCAAAGUUCACCUGUUUACUAUCAUCCAACUGAGCUGCUUGAUCAUGCUCUGGGUGAUCAAGACCUCCAGAGCCGCCAUCGUGUUCCCAAUGAUGGUCUUGGCUCUUGUUUUCAUUAGGAAGUUGCUGGACUUGUUUUUCACCAAAAGAGAGCUGAGUUGGUUGGACGACUUAAUACCAGAGUGGAAGAAGAAGAAACUAGAGGAUGCGGCUGAAGAAGAGGAGCACAGUAUUAUUGCUGAAGAGGGUAUUGUCCAGGUACCACUUGAAUGUCACUUCAAGAGCGAUCCAUCCACUGUGAACAUAACCGAUGAAAUGUCCAAAGGCUCUUUCGGAAACGUGUGGAAGAACGUGAACCCAGAGACUGCCAAAAAAGAGAAAGAGCCAGGGUCCAAAAGUUCCAGUGAAGGUGGGAGGCGCCACAAGCGGCGGAGACAUAACAAGAGCUUGGACAGAGAGACCAGUUUGUGA